AUGGGUCAAGAAGUUGUUCGCCAAGAAUCGCCAAAAGAUCCUGGGAAACGAAGUAGAUUGUGGCAACACCAGGAUUCGUUUAAUGUGUUAAAAGAAAAUCGAGGUACAAGAAAAGUGGAGGGACUAAUUCUUGACAUGCGAAGGGCCAAGGGAAAUAACUCAACUUCAAUUGUAAAGAUGAACAGCGGAACAAAACGUAGUUAUGAUGAUUUUAGUGGCCGCAUCACCCAUGCAAAUAAAGAAAACUUCAAGGUUGGAGCAAUAGAAAAGAUGAAAAAUCUAAUGCUACUUCAAUUGGACUAUGCAACUUUUUGUGGGAGCUACAAGAAGUUGCCCAAAAAACUACGAUUGCUUCGUUGGCAUGGGUUUUCCUUAAAAUCCAUACCACGUGAUGUGCCUUUGCAGAAGUUGGUAGUUCUUGACUUGCGUUAUAGCAAAUUAAAAGAAGUUUGGGAUGGGUUCAAGGUGGUUGGAUCCCUAAAAAUCCUUGAUCUCAGUUAUUCUCUGGAGCUUAUCAAAACCCCUGACUUUGAGGGACUCCCUAGCUUGGAGAGUUUGCUCCUUUCAGGAUGCUUAAGUUUGACCCACAUAUGUAAAUCCAUUCUGUACCUUGAAAGACUGGUGUUGUUAGAUGUAAGUGAUUGCAGAAGUUUGAGGGAUAUUCCAUGCUUACCAGGAUCUCUCGAAUCACUAAAAAUGAAAGGUUGCCCCAACCUUGGAGGUCUUGGACGAGUUCAAUGCUUGGCUCCAUGUUCACUGUCAUCUCUUUUGGUAAAUAUUGAUGUCUCGGGAUGCAAUCUCUUUAAUAAUUCUUUCCCAGAGGAUUGGGGUAACCUUUUCUCGUUGAAGUUCUUAGAUAUAAGCAGCAAUCAUAUUACUUCAUUACCAGGUUGUGUCAAAAGUUUACCUAGUCUUGAAGUACUCAAUGUCGCAGGGAAAGUUCAACCAACACCGAAUACAACCUUCUUCGCCGUUUAUGGAUGCGGAAAACUGUGUGCAGUGGAGGGUUGUUUUAAGCUUGAAUCAAUAAAAAAUAUUGACAAGAAAAUUAUAAGAUAUCUUGGUUUAGAAUCAAUUUUAGAAAAGGAAAUGGGGUUCAGACUUGAGGAUAAACAAAAUGCAUAUACAAAAGAGGUCUCCAUCAAGAUAUCAUAUGAGUUUGGUAUAUUCAGUACCUAUGUUUUAGGGAAAACGCUUCCAUGUUUUAGGUAUAGAGAAACUGGAUCAACUAUAUCAUUUAGAGUUCCUUCAUAUCCUAAAGGUUCAAGAAUAAGUGGUCUGAACGUCUGUUUCUUGUCGACUGCAUAUUCUCGAGAAUCAUUAAUUUGGGACGUGGAAGUCAAUAAUAAAACCAAGGCUGUGGUAUGGAAAUACACUCCUACAGUACGUGUAACAUGUAAACAAAUGAGCAACUUCAAGUAUAUAUGGCUAAGCCUUUGGCGGACUGGCAAUCUGCUGGAUGAUGGAGACGAAAUUGUUGUAGGGAUCAGUCUGUCUGGAAGUUAUGUAGUAGAUGAGUGCCGUGUAAACUUCUUGUAUGACUAUGAUGAAGUUCAGGAGGAUAACCAAAAUGAAAUGGAUGAAGAAAAAAGGGACACCAAUUGCAUGUUUAAUCAAAUUUCAUGGACUGACAGGCUGCAAAUAGAGAUAUCAGAUUAUGUUCAUAGUGGUAAAACAUAUUGCUUCAAGAUUGGCGGUGCAACUGAUGUUCCUAAUAUUGAAGGUAUUUCUGAUCUAAUUGUCGAUUGGUGGGGCCUAAGGGCGGACCGGAGGUGCAGAUACAUUGAAGCAGGUGUUCCAGGUGCGAUUUGA